AUGUGUCUCAGUAGUGGAGCAAAAUUUCCAUCUCCACACAGUGACACAGUCUCCAUCAGCAUACAAAAUGAGACAAACCCGAACAAGGAGAGUGUCAGCACUUUGACAACCUCAGUUUCUAUUGUAACUUCACCUGCUGAUCAAGGUAUUGUAGAGAAAGAGUCCAGACGGACCCAGAGGACGCCAUCACUCAUCACAACCACAGGUCUGCCUACAAGUAGCUCUAGUGCCUCCACUAUUGUGAGACCUUUAAAAAAAACUUCAGGUUGGACUGUUGGCACAGCAAGUAACAAUGAUGGUCCCAACUUUGCCCACUCAACAUCAGUGAAACCAGAAUCAGGUCCGACUGUAAGUUCUCCGGAUACUAAAGAAUUGUGGAAUUGGACGUUUGUCUGGGUUUUCGCUGGUUGUGGAUCUACUGUGGUCAUCACAGUGAUUGUUAAUGUUAUUCUUUGGAAGAAAAGAAGAGCUGGUAUUGUAGAGAAAGAGUCCAGAAGGACCCAGAGAAUGCCAUCACUCAUCAAAACCACAGUCACAGGUUCUGAGGGAAUGGAAAGGAGUGAGUCUCGGAAAAGCAACCGGUCUUUGUACCAUAUUUACUCUACCAUCUAUGAGGGUCAGACUGCAGCAGCCAGCAAAGACAUGAUCUACAGCAAGCUGCAGGCACACUGACAUGCUAACAGUUUAAAAGUGUUUUCAAGAAGAGAAGAAGUUGACUGAUGUGCUGUAGAACCAGAGGUACCCAUCACGAACCAGACAGCAGCUGUCAUAUUUCUAAGGUAACGGUAACGGCCCGAGGCCCGAUGGUUGGGGACCCCUGAUGUAGAGUAAUCCUGAGCUUCUGUCAUGUCUUCUUCUCAAAUCAACCAAUAUGUAAAAUGAAACCAAAGUUUUCCAAUGUCUUACAGUCAGAAUAUCAAGUUCAAUCCAAAAGUGUUUGAUUGAAGGUGAAGACAAUAUUUUUGGAUAUACUUCGUCUCAGUCUUGUUGUUUGCUUACUUCUGCACAAACACUGUAUGCUACAGACCCAAUGCAAAAUAUUUGAAUCUUUGUAUAUUUUAAAUAAAACUGAAUUAAUGUGU